GGAGUGAUGGGAGGUCGCCAUAUUGAAUCCGCUCUCUCCCAAGCCGACAGGAGGGAACAGAGCCCUGAUUGGUCUUCAGAUUUCGGCUCCUCUCCUGUACUGAGCUCCACGUUCUUCUUCUUCAUGUAACCGCGUGUCCAGGUAAAAGAAAACCGCUUUCGGUCUAUAGGACGUUUUAGGAAGACUCAAGAGAACUGGGUGUGUUUUCUCCUGACUGGACAAGCUCGCUAUGCUACAGUAGGCUAGUGGGAUUUUUUUUUUUGAAUGGAUCCGAGGGUCGCCUGGAUUCAGCCGGAACAGAAAGGACCCGCUAAUGCGUUAUGGAUGCAUGUGUGGGAGACAUCUCAGGGAAUCCGGACUAACUCUGCUCACCAUCAUCGCCAAGAUCAAGAGCUGUGUGUCAACGCUGAGCUUUGCGACGUGUGUAAUAAAACCCAGGGGAAAGAUGCGUGCGGCGAGCCCGGGUCUUCAUCCAGCACCCACCAUCCGCCUCGUCUUCCUCCUCCUUCCUCCUCAUCAUCUUCAUCUUCUCACCAGGGCAACGCGAACAAAACGAACAUCCGCAGCUCCUUCGCGACGCUAUCGAUGAACAAUAAUAAUAACGUUAGCGCAAUGACACCUCCUCCAAACCCUGGUGAGAUGUCACCCAAGGAGCACGGUUCCCCGAGGAUGGACUCCUCCUUCUCCUCCUCCUCCUCCUCAUCCGCCAUAAGGGCUACCGAGACCAACACCAACCGCCUGUGUUUCACGCUGAGCGAUCUGAACAGCGUCUACCAGAAUCACCUUCGCGAUCACUGUCACUACCACAGUCGUCAUCAUCUUAACCACCAUCUUCAGAACGAUCUUCAUCACGAUCAUCAGCAGCAACAGCCGGAUUUCCAGCAGAACUGCAUGAAGCGCAAUCCAGGAUUCAGCAAAUACAACCACCAUCACCAUCAUCUUCACAAUCAUCUUCAUCAUCUUCAUCAUCACCCGGGUCGGAGGAAAAAUGAAAAUAAAGCGAGUACUUACGGGAUCAACUAUCUUCUGUCCACCUGGAGCAACGCUAACCACAGUCCUGUUACACUGUGGAGAACCAGGACCUACAGCCCAGGACUCAUCGGGCUUCACGAGGAGAUUAUAGACUUCUACAACUUCAUGUCUCCUCGACCCGAAGAGGCCACCAUGAGGCAAGAGGUAGUCGACCGAAUCGAGUCGGUCAUCAAGGAGCUGUGGCCAAGUGCUGACGUUCAGAUAUUCGGCAGCUUUAGCACUGGACUCUACCUCCCAACCAGUGACAUUGACUUGGUGGUGUUUGGGAAAUGGGACAGACCGCCCCUGCAGCAGUUGGAGCAGGCCCUCCGGAAAAAUAACGUGGCCGAGCCAUUCUCUAUCAAAGUACUCGACAAAGCUACGGUACCAAUUAUUAAACUGACCGAUCAGGAAACAGAUGUCAAAGUGGACAUCAGUUUUAACGUAGAGACUGGAGUUAAAGCUGCCCGUUUCAUCAAGGAUUACGUGAAGAAGUAUACCGUGCUGCCUUACUUGAUUUUCGUGCUGAAGCAGUUCCUCCUGCAGAGGGAUCUGAACGAGGUGUUUACUGGAGGCAUCAGCUCCUACAGCCUCAUCCUGAUGGUCAUCAGCUUCCUGCAGCUCCACCCCCGAAUCGACGCCAGAACUCCCAACACCAACCUCGGCAUUCUGCUCAUCGAGUUUUUCGAGCUGUACGGCCGCCAUUUCAACUACCUGAAAACGGGCAUCAGGAUAAAGAACGGCGGUGCCUACAUGGCCAAAGAGGACAUCAUGAAAGCCAUGAGCAAUGGCUACAGGCCGUCCAUGCUUUGCAUCGAGGACCCUCUUCUUCCAGGUAACGAUGUGGGCAGGAGCUCGUACGGAGCCAUGCAGGUGAAACACGUGUUCGACUACGCCUACAUCGUCCUCAGCCAUGCAGUGUCACCCCUGGACUCCUACCCCAACAAGGACAGCGACAGCACUUUGGGACGCAUCAUCAAAGUCACACAGGAAGUGAUCGACUACAGGGAGUGGAUCGUCAACAAGUGGGGAAGCAAGCGACCCAACAGGAGUAACGGUCCUGCUCAUAAAGACUUGGGGAACAGGUGGACCCCAGCACAACUCCAGAGGGACUCUGUGUCUCCUAACAGUGCUGACUCUCCCAUGUCUCUGUCCAGCCCUCAGCAGCACUCGUCUGCUUCCUCUCUGUCAGGCAGCGACAUUAAGCUGGCACUGGGCAUGCUGCCCGCUGAGCUGCAGAUGGGCACGGGCAAGACAAACCUCUCCAUGCCACUCACAAUGCCUGCUGCCAACCAGACGAGAGUUUCGAUGCCCAGGAGUCUUCCUCUCCACGUUUUACCUGGCAGACAGCAUUCUAGUCCCAAGGGCUUCUACAACCCGGUUUUACCAAACGGCCACCUGCAGUUCAACCGCAACGCGUGGCGCCAUAAGAAGAGGGACAGUCUACCGGCCAGCGUCAGUAGAUAAACACGGUGUUACCCCUCCUUCCCUUCUUCCUCCUCCUCCUCCUCCUAUUCCUCCGGUCAUAAAACGAUGAAAACUCGACAAGGCCUCCUGCUGGCGGGGCGCGAGCCGAGAGACCAGCAGCUUUCUGCCGCAGCUCGUCGCUCAGUAGCUGCGCUAUCGGUGGUGCUACCUUUACUCUUUCGGACUUCAUCUGUGCAUGUGUGUGAAUUUCCGAACACUCCACCCACUACCCCUUGAAGAAAACCCUGACGAUCUACUUCAUGAUUUCUGGAGAUAAUCUUCUCGUCGUCGUCGUUACUUUUUCCCCCGUCCGAGUUUCCUUUUCACUGUAGAGGGUGUUAUUGUUUUCUGAAGGGACCUCGUGCACAGACACUAAAUUCACAGGCUUACAUCAGUAUUAUAAUUAGGGGUAAGAAAUUGUUUGUGUAUUUUUUUUUUUUGUCACUGUGUGUGUGUGUGUGUGUGUGUGUGUGUGUGUGUGUGUGUGUGUGUGUGUGUGUGUGUGUACAAGCAAUCACAGGUGUUUAAGCAGAUGGCUGGAGUUGGUUAUUUGUGCAAUAACAUUUUUUGUUUUGUUUUAUUUUUCUUCGUUUUCACUUUUGGUUCACUUUUUUGAGGACGAUUAUUUAAUUAUGCAUCGAGAUUUGUUUUGGGAUUUUUCUUUUUCUUUUUUUUAUUUUAAUCGCUUUUAUUUUUUAUAGAGUUUUUAAUUUCCGUAAAAGGUAAAAACUCUUGAAGCUUUAUUUGAGAAAUUUAGGAAGCGAUGGUUUCGUCAUCGCCUCAUGGCCGACCCUGACCACUGAGUGGGACGGGUGCUGCAUUUAUUGAGCCGUGUGUGUGUGUGUGUGUGUGUGUGUGUGUGUGUGUGUGUGUGUGUAUACACGUGUGCGCUCGUGUUGCAAGAUGAUUUUAAACAGUCUGUCUGCAGGUGGCACCAUUUCCUUGUUUGUCUCCGGAAUUUCUCAGCACUCUUGUUUUGUGUGUGUGUGUGUGUGUGUGUGUGUGUGUGUGUGUGUGUGUGUGUGUUGGUGGGGAGGGGGGGUGUUGGCAAGAGUGAAUGGGUGUGUAUGCUGAAACACGGGUCUGUCUUAGCCGUAGCUCAGCUUACAUAAGUGCUACGCUGCAAGACAGCCCAAGAAGCCUAAAUCCCAGCACUCCAACCUCCUCGUUAGGCCGUGUGUGUGUGUCGGUGUGGGUGUGCAUGUGUGGGUGUGUGUGUGGGUGUGUUUCCCUUUUAGCUUGCUCUGGGUGUAAGUACUUACGGGGAGCUCGCAAAGCUGAACCGAACACGCAGCUGAGAGACAGGUCAAAUCAUCUCGACUCGGACUCCCUGAGCUCUCGCGUCGGCACCCAAAUCGAAGAACGACAAGAAAGGGAACUUAGUCUGAUUCCUUUCUGGAAUCUUAAUGUGUAUUUCCAGGUACUAUUUUAUUGCCUUGUCAGGUUUUGUUUGUUUUUGUUUUAUUUUAUUCCUGUACUGUAUAAUAUUUCCUGUCUGUAUAUAGCACACUAAACUGUAUUGCUGUUA